GCGGAAGUGUCGGCCCAGGGAGCGUCUGCCUGAGGCCGCGGUGCGAGCCCUGGUCUCCUGCCAUGGAGGGGGCUAGCGAGCCGCUGCUGGAUGCUAAGUCCGGGGUCACCAACCAGCUUAUAGAUUUUCAGUGGAAACUGGGUAUGGCUGUGAGCUCGGACAGUUGCAGAUCUCUUAAGUAUCCUUAUGUUGCAGUGAUGCUAAAAAUGGCAGAUCCUUCAGGCCAAGUAAAGAACAAGUCCUUUGAAAUGACAAUUCCACAGUUUCAGAAUUUCUACAGACAGUUCAAGGAAAUUGCCGCAGUUAUCGAAACUGUGUGAAAACUUAUUUGGUUGAUAAAUUGCUAUCAUCAUUCUGAAAUCAUGGACUUCACUUUCUGCAACAAAACUGGAUAAGAAUCAAAUGAUAUUUAUUGAAUGAAAAUUGCACUUUUGUUCUUCCAUUUUUUUUUAAUAAUAAAAAAUCAGACAAACAGAAAUCAGAUAGUGGUGGUCAAUACACAACUUUGUGAAUGUACUAAAAACUACUGAAUUGAACACUUUAAAGGGUGUACUUUGAGAUAUGUGAAUUAUAUUUCAAUAAAAUAAUCAGACAAACAAUUAAAUGAUCGAUAGUAAAGGCCACACAAGUUUAUGUAUUAGAAUGAUAGUUUUAAAACUUACUGGUAAUGGAACUCAUUUCAUAAACAAAAUCUUAUAUGGAAUCCUAUAAAAAUAUAUAUAUAAAUCAGAAGAGUAGUAUUUGAUUAAGAUAACUUUAUAAAUUGAACUUUAUAACAUUCACUUAUUAUAAAGACAAUCAGUGAGAAGAGUGAGGCUUCUUCUCUCAAAUAUUUGGAAUCAGUUAGGAUUGACCAUUGCUCCCUUAUAUUAGCCUAAUAUUUGAUUGUCUUUGUUAUUAAUAUUUGUAGGAAGUUUAAAUACCUGCACAGAGAUGGGAAGAUGUUUUAUUCUGAGUUUAUAUACAACUGUAUUAACCUUUUAUUUAUUUAUUUAUUAAUUUUUUUUUUUAAAGAUGACCGGUAAGGGGAUCUUAACCCUUGACUUGGUGUUGUCAGCACCAUGCUCACCCAUUGAGCUAACCGGCCAUCCCUAUAUGGGAUCUGAACCCGUGGCCUUGGUGUUACCAACACCACACUCUCCUGAGUGAGCCACAGGCCAGCCCCUGCAUUAACCUUUUAACACAAGUUAUUAUGUUAGAUGAUCUCUGUUGAAUUUAAAUUUAUAAACCAGUUGUUAAAAUAUUUUAUAAAGCUGCAGCACUAUAUGGCAUUGGCUUACGAAUAAGCAAAUAGAUCACUGGAAUAGAAUAGGUGGCCUAGAAAUAGAUCAAGACAUUUGGUACAAGGAUGGAAUUUCAGUUGGGUGGGAAAACAUGAUUUAUUUAAUAAAUGAUACUAGCAAUCACAACAUAUGCAAAAAGCAAAUUCCAGAUGGAUUAAUGAUUUAAAUAUGAAAGACAGAAAUUAGAAAGAGAAUAUUUAUGUUAUCUAAGGCUUGGGAAGACCUUUUUAACCCAGACAGCAGCAUCACAGCCAUAAUAUUAAACAUAAAUAUUUGAAAAAUAGGAAUUAAAAAUUACAUGUGGAGAAAAAAAUGGACCAUAAACAAAGACAAAAGAUAGAUGCUAGGUUGAUGUAUAAGUUAGUUCGUGGUCUGGAGAAUAAAUUGCUUUAGAUAUAUUAAGUAGGAAGAAAUUGUAUACAAGAAAUUAGAUGCUCACUAAACUGUCAGACUGAGGGAACAAAAGUCAGGAAAAAUCAUUGAUGAUUUUUAGAAAAUCCAGGAGUGCAGGAAUUUCAGGGAAAGCCACUGCCAAUCUCUGAUGUUUACAGCACAAUGCAGGAUGUCACCUGGACUAAGCUAAUGUUAUUAUCAUUUCAGUUUACAAUUAAACCAGCUAACUAAAAGGGAAAAAUAAUAUAUAUGAGAUCUAGGAUGCAGGAAAGUGGAUGUAUCUUCCUGGUAAGGUGAUGGGUUUAUUAGCUCAUGAGGAGAUGGAUGCCAUCUAGGUCUUAUAACUCUACUAUUCUCAAUGUAAAGCUUUCUUCAUAGGUUCAAGAUGGUUGCUCCAGCUCCUGGCUUCACAUCCAUAUUCCAGAAGUUUCCCCAUCACUUCUGCUCACAUCCCAUUGAGCAGACACAGUAAUAUGGCCACAACUACCUGCAAGGAAGGUUGGGAGUUAUGCUUUUUAGCUUAGCAACUCUGUGGCUAAAUAAAAGUUCCAUAACAGUAAGCAAAAAAGAACAGAUAUUGGAGGACAAAUAAUUUCUGCUCUAAGUGUUAAGAUAAAGGUAUGUACAGAGUACCAGAUGAGUGCAGAAGAGACUGGUGGGUUGCUAAACGAUUCCUAGAGGUUCUAGUCAACUCUAAGAAAGAAAAAAAGAAUUAGGAAAAGAAGAAUUUAUAUAGUAAUAAGAGUCUUCUAACUGUAUCAAUGAUAAUCAUUUUUAAAUAAUGUUAUA